AAUUAUAAUUUAUAUUAUAAUAAUACAGUUUUUAGGCUCCAAUUUCGCACUUGUUUUCGUCAUACUUCAACUGCCAUCUUACCACUUUCUCACAUUAAACUAUACAUUUUCUCCAUCCAUUCCUGUUAUUAUCGAGUCUUGGUGCUAAGCAACCAGAUUAUCUCAGAGUAUAUAUUUUAAUCUGUUUAUAUUCUUUACCGGAGUGGGUGCAUUUUACUUAAUUAAUUACCACCCAAUUUCAUUACUUUCUUUUCUUCAAUGAGUCAUCAGUUAAAGCACCAAACUUUAUUAAUCUGAAGCAACUUAUAAUGGAUCUGGAAUCUGGGUUUCAUCAGAAUCAUCAGAAGGUGAGAUGGAAACAGUCAUGGAGGACAGUUUUGACAUUGGCUUACCAAAGUUUAGGUGUUGUUUAUGGAGAUUUAAGCACAUCACCCUUGUAUGUGUUUAAAAGCACUUUUGCAGAAGAUAUUCAACACUCAGAGACCAACGAAGAAAUCUUUGGGGCACUGUCUUUUAUUUUCUGGACUCUUACUUUAGUCCCUUUGUUGAAAUAUGUGUUCAUUGUGCUUAAAGCUGAUGAUAAUGGUGAAGGCGGCACAUUUGCACUCUAUUCCUUGCUUUGUAGACAUGCUAGAGUCAGUUCAUUGCCUAAUUGUCAGUUAGCUGAUGAAGAAUUAUCAAGCUACAAAAAGGAAACACCUGAUGAUUUAGCCCUCACUUCUUUUGGGUCAAGACUUAAAUCCACUUUGGAGAAACAUAGAGUUUUGCAUAAGUUUCUGCUUGUCUUGGCUCUUGUUGGAGCUUGUAUGGUCAUUGGUGAUGGUGUCCUAACUCCUGCUCUUUCAGUCUUCUCAGCGGUUUCCGGUGUGGAACUUGCGAUGGCCAAAGAACACCACAAAUAUGUAGAAGUCCCUGUUGCAUGUAUCAUACUGAUAGCAUUGUUUGCCCUGCAACAUUAUGGGACCCACAGGGUUGGGCACUUGUUUGCACCCGUUGUUAUAUUGUGGCUCUUGUGCAUCAGCUCAAUCGGUGUAUACAAUAUUUUUCACUGGAACCCUCAUAUCUACAAAGCACUAUCUCCUGUUCACAUGUAUAAUUUUCUAAGGAAAACUAAAACCAGAGGCUGGAAAUCUUUAGGGGGUAUCUUAUUAUGCAUAACAGGCUCGGAAGCUAUGUUUGCUGAUCUCGGACACUUUUCACAGUUGUCUAUACAAAUAGCUUUUACAUCAUUCGUUUAUCCAUCCUUAAUUCUUGCAUAUAUGGGACAAGCUGCUUAUUUGUCUCAGCAUCAUGUUAUCGAAAAUGAUUAUAAGAUUGGAUUCUACAUCUCUGUACCCGAGAAUUUGAGGGUGCCGGUACUGUUGAUCGCCGUACUUGCUGCAGUAGUUGGAAGUCAAGCCAUAAUUACCGGGACAUUUUCAAUUAUCAAACAGUGUUAUUCUCUCGGAUGCUUUCCCAGGGUCAAAAUAGUCCAUACAUCUUCAAAAUUUCAUGGGCAAAUUUAUAUUCCAGAGAUUAACUGGAUCUUGAUGAUGCUAUGCUUAGCUGUUACCAUCGGGUUUAGAGAUACAAAACGCAUGGGUAAUGCUUCAGGUUUGGUGGUUAUUACGGUUAUGUUGGUUACAACUUGCUUAAUGUCCCUCGUUAUUGUCCUAUGUUGGCACCAAAGUGUUUUUCUUGCAAUUGGUUUUGUGGUGCUCUUCGGGACGAUUGAAGCUUUGUAUUUUUCAGCUUCUCUUAUAAAGUUUCUUGAAGGGGCGUGGGUCCCGAUAGCACUCUCGUUUAUCUUCAUGCUCGUGAUGUACGUGUGGCACUAUGGUACGAUUAAAAAGUAUGAAUUUGAUGUCCAGAAUAAAGUAUCGGUUGAUUGGCUCCUAAGCCUGGGCCCUACGCUUGGCAUAGUCCGGGUAAAAGGAAUCGGGCUGGUUCACACGGAGCUCGUGUCGGGCAUCCCUGCAAUCUUUUCCCAUUUUGUGACCAACCUCCCUGCUUUUCAUCAAGUGCUCAUUUUCCUUUGUGUGAAAUCAGUCCCCAUCCCACAUGUGCGACACGAAGAACGGUUUCUGGUGGGCCAUAUAGGCCCACGAGAGCACCGUGUGUAUCGGUGCAUAGUCAGGUAUGGUUACCGGGACGUCCACAAGGAUGAUGUGGAGUUUGAAAAGGAUUUGGUUUGUAGUGUAGCCGAGUUUAUUAGGAAGCAAAAAGACAGCACUACCCCUGACGGGCUAAGUGCGAACGGGGAACUAUACAACGAUGGGGAGGCGAUGACUGUUGUGGGAACACCUUCCACACACCUAGAAGGCGUGCAAUUGCGCAUGGACGACCAAGAGGUUCAGGAAAUACGGGCCUCACCCAUUAACCAAGUAGAGAAAAGAGUGAGGUUUGUGGUACCAGAGAGCCCAAAGAUUGACGAUGGUUCACGGGCAGAGUUACGUGACCUAAUGGAGGCUAGGGAAGCAGGGGUAGCCUACAUUUUGGGACAUGCAUAUGUUAAAGCAAAAAAAGGGUCAAGCUUGGUUAAAAAAGUGUUUAUAAAUGUAGGUUAUGAGUUCUUGAGAAGAAACAGCAGGCCGCCAACAGACUCGUUAAGUGUACCUCAUGCUUCGACCCUUGAGGUGGGAAUGGCGUAUCAUGUGUGAAUAUGACUUACUAAUAUGUUUUUAUUUUUUUUUUUUGUAUAUAUUUUUGUGAUCUAGCUAUACCUAAUACUAUACAUGAAGAUCUGCGGCCUACACCUGCCAUCAGUUGUGGACUUGUGGUGGUUGCGGUUUUUGGAAGUUUGAUAGAAGAGAUAGGCAGGUAGGCAGGUGGUGUUUUGUAUUUUGGUGUAGUUUGUUGAUGAGGAAAUGUCCAAAUCUUGAAUCUGUUAUUA